AAUUCCUAAAAAAAUUAAGUAUUACAAGCACCAAUUAUAUCAUUCACGUUUUCUCUCACAAUCACAAUUUCUUUUUGGAGUCUUUAUAGCCACAUGGCUAGAGGACCUUUCUGCAAUGAUGCUAAUCUUGACACCAGCGGCGGCGGAGGAGGUGGCGGCGGCGGUGGUUACACUAAGCUAAGCAGAAGAGAAUUUACUUCUUCUUCUUCAUCACCACCACCACCAUCAAAUUUGAGGUGUAUUUAUAUGAAGCCAAUAACAGAAGAUGUAUUUUUUGGUAAGGAUGAUGGGAGAGAUAUGAAAGAAAUUACAGGCGAGGAUUAUAUAUUGGAGUGUUACAGAAGGGAAAAAGCAUUGAAGAGUUUCAAGAAAAAGAAAAAGAGUAGGUUUUGUUUUGCAAGUUGUUUUGAUUUCUUGAAAGUUUUAUUUUCUACUAAAUUCUAGUUUGUAUAUAUGAAUUUAAUUUUCUUGGAAAAUUUAGCUGCUACUAAGUCAAGUUUAGGCUAGUUUAUGCAAAAUAUGUAAAUCUGUGAUAAACUGAAUUAAAAUCAGUUUUGAGUUUAUGUGUUUGACAUGGAAAUUUGAGAAUUGCAUAUAAAAUAAGAAGAAGAAUAUAAUCCUGUAGUUACCAGCUUGAUUCGUCAAGAAUUUAUAUUGUUGAUAUAAUUUUUAUGUAAUGAUUCAACUUUA